AUGACCAGCGGAAAGCCAGUGAAAACACAUUCUUCUACAUCAAGCAAUGACAAACCACUCCAACACACUGCAACAAAUUUGAACGAGGCGUACCGCAGGGGAGUGGUGUUGCUACACGAGAAAUGCAAAGCACUACAGCGAAGCAAUGAGCGGCUUGUGUUUAGGCUUCACCGGGUGCAAAAAAUGUCCAGAACACGUGCAAGGGAUGUAGAGAUGCUGCAGAGAAAAUUGGAUUCCUUCGGCGAUUGCUGGAGAACGGCCAUGGAUCCGGCAGACGUGAAAGAAGAAGGGGCGGAAUAA